AUGGCUUUAGACCAGUGGCUGGGUCAUCUCCAUGGAAAUAAUAGUGUAUUUCAAGCGGAGGCCCUAGCCAUCCUCAAAGCAGUUCAACACUGUAAAACAAGUGGUGCUAUGGAGGCAAUAAUUAUCACUGAUAGUCUUUCGUCGCUUCAAGCGAUUCAAAACCCCAGACAUUCUUCUUCGCUUAUCUCGGACAUCCAAUGUGAACUUCGUAAUCAAGUGGGAAAUAACAUCACGCUAGCUUGGACUAAGGGCCAUGCUGGGGAUCACGGUAAUACUUUGGCAGAUAAGUUAGCCAAAUCAGCUGCCGAAAAUACCGAUGCCGAGGCUGAAGAAGUGAUUCUUAAGUGGCCAACAUCUCACUUAAAACGAGCUCUUCUUUUAAAAGUUAUAUCCCAAUGGCAACUAGAAUGGGAUACUGAUGAAACCGGUCGACGAACGUACAAUCAUAUUACGUAUGUGGAUCAAUGUCGUCAGAUAACAAAUCAUCAACUAGUAAGAUAUAUCUCGGGGCAUGGUCCAUUUCCAAGCUACUUUUACAAGCAUGGAAUUGCAAAUAGUGAAUAUUGUGUCUGCGGAACUCUAGGCAUACCUGAACAUUAUAUUACUACAUGCCCGUUAACGGAGGAAUUUCACAUUCCUUUCCCUGUGGAUAAUCAACUAGCAUUUA